UCAACCGUCAACGUCACCGUCACCAAAACCACCAUCUACCGUACCACCUCCCUAACCACCAACCACUCUCGCGCAUCACAACACACACAAUGGGCCUCAUCCGCCGCGCCCUCAAACUCACCACCAUCGGCGGCACCGCCACCCUGGGCGCCUUCUUCUUCGCCACGCGCAACUCCACCUUCGUCCCCCUCCCCACCACCGACCCCAUCUUCCACACGCCCGGCUAUCAGACGUUGAACCCGCACAACAACCCCACGAGCCACGACCUGUGCAUCCGCCGCGUGCGGCUGGCCGACAUCAACCCCUCGCUGCUGGAGAAGAAGGGCAAAUUGACCGAGGCGUUCUGCGCGGGCGUGUGGAGUGGUUGGGGAUACGCCUACCAACGCCGCUACCUCUCCAAGAAAUACGAAUCCCCGGCCACGGCCACGGACCUCUGGACCCGGGAGCAGCUGCGCUCCGCCACCUACGAGGUCGGCACGCGCAUCACCGACCACUUCGAGGUCGUCGAGAAGACCCCCGAGCGGAUCGUCGUGCGGUGCGGCGACUCGCCCCGCAAGACCGGGGUGCGCGACUCCGACGGCCUGUUUGAGAUCUCGGCGGUCGUGAAGCCCGAGGAGGGCGUUGCCGAGUUCGGGCUGAAGAGUGUUUUCUUCAAGGGGACGAAGAACGACACGGGUGCGGACGGGGCUGGGGCGCCGCCCAUGCCGGCGCAUGUGUUUUGGUUGCAUAAGCAGUAUACGAAGUUGUGGAUGGAGACGGGGGUGCGGAAUGUUUUAAGGUGAUUUCUGUGGAUUGGUUGAUGGGGUGAGGGGUUUGACGGGUUGGAAUUGGGGUGGGAGCUGGGGGCUUUGAGGCACGGGGCUGGUAUAUAUACCUUGGUUUGUUGGGGUGAAGUGAGGGUUGGUUGAUGUAGAUGUAGAUGUAGGAUUUAUGGUCGGUCUAUUUGGUGUCAGUGAAGUUUAGAUUAUGCUCCUCAACCAUUGGGUCAAUCUGUGGCCUGUUUAUUCUUGAA